UUGCUAAUAAUGGGGGCGGGUCUGGCGCCGGCAGCCGUUAGGCUGACUGACUGGGAUGGGGAGGUGAGGCAGCGGGGCCGAACAUGGCGCGGAGCGGCCGGGCGCUUGGGAAAGUGCUCGCCGAAAGGCUCACGGCGCCGCACAGAAGCGUCCUCAGGCACUUGGCUUCAUGUGGCAUUCUGAUGAGCAGAAUUCCUCCAAUGCAAGCAUCCGUAACAAACCGUACCUUCGCAAGAAGAACUUUCUUCAACAUUGCUUCACCAUUCGGAAACAAAAGAAAAGAAUAUAAUGAGAGAAGGAUUAUAGGGUAUUCCAUGCAGGAAAUGUAUGAAGUGGUAGCUGUUGUGGAGGACUACAAACUCUUUGUUCCUUGGUGUAAAAAGUCAGACAUAUUAUCCAAACGUUCUGGAUACUGCAAAGCCCACUUAGAAAUAGGAUUUCCUCCUGUGUUAGAGAAGUAUACGUCAGUUGUUACCCUCGUGAGACCUCACUUGGUUAAGGCAUCCUGCACAGAUGGGAAACUAUUUAAUCAUCUGGAAACUGUGUGGCGUUUCGGUCCGGGAAUCCCAGGUUAUCCAAGAACAUGUACCUUGGAUUUUUCAGACAUGCCACUUAAUCUUGCAAGAUGUAUGGAUGGACCCCCAACUCUUUUACUCAUAGAACAUAAAAGCUCCCCAGAAAAACAUUGUUCUAAAGUUCCUCAAAAAAAGCAGUAUGCUAGCUCCCACUGAAGAUUGUUCUGCAGAAAUGCUGAAGGUUUUAUCCCAAACCAUGUCUGAGUUGAAAGUUAGAAUGACUGGUUUUAAAUCCCAUAAUCCAGAUACCUUGUUCUAAGGAAACAUAAACUUAAAAAAAAAAAAAAAUUUUUUUACCUAAACCGUUUUAUGGCAUUCUAGGUUGACAUCUUUGUUAAAGGGAGUCAAAAUUGGCCUUAAAACAGACACUGUUCAACUUCACAUGGAACUGCUAUCAUGGCCCUUUGCUAUCCACACUAUUUUGAAGAGGUUAAAUGGUUUGUGUCAGUAACAGAAGUAGAGACAGUUUAGUUCAUUGGGUGUAGAAGAGGACUCUGAGUGAGGCACUUUGGAAUGCUAAUCCUUGCUCUGCCACUGACUUGCUGUGUGGCUACAACUAAGUAAUUUAAGAAGUCUUUUCCCCAUCUGUGAGGGAAAUGUGACCAAGUAAAACUAAAUUAUUUGCAAUAACUGAGGGUUUAAGUGAAACAACUAAAAAUUUAGUUUUAGGGCUGUAGGUUUAGAUACAAAAAUAGAAAUCUGACCUGAGAUGCUGCUUGCUCCUACAUGCUACUAUGCCAGUCUUCUACCAAGUCAGCAGUGAAUUCUGAAUGAGAGGUAUCUGAGUCUAAGCUGUGUUUUACCCCUUUUUAACCAUUCUUCCUACAUACCUUAAGUACAGCAUAGUGUUUGCAGUUCACUGAAAAACUCUGUACUAUCAGAAGUUCUUAAACAAAAUUAAACUGAUACUUUUUUGUAGGACACAACUCUUGGUCCCUGCCCUGGAGUUCUUGUUCCCUAAAGAACUUUUAGAGGUGCAAAAUGUGCUUGUCUUAACAUCACUCCUACUUAAGUAAAAAAACAAACCAAAAAAACCCCUUUAUCCCAUAAACAAUUGCUUCUGCGCUGGAAUGUGUAAGUAGAUUAAUAUGCAGCACCAUUCCACACAACUCCAAAUGAAGACUGCUGUAUCUAUUUGAAGCUGUAAGGGCAAUUUAUAGGCAGGCUAUGAGUGCCUCAUUUGGAAUUUAAUUGGGACAUAACUCUUAAUACUGACUCUUAGGAAGAAUGACAUUUGAUGUUUAAGCAUCUUACAGGAAAGACUGCACCUGCAGCAACUGAGUACAUCCUAACACCAUGCUACAGCACUUAGUACUGAUUGUGGUAAAUUAUCACCUACUAAACCAGGGGUCGGAAACCUUUCAGAAGUGGUAUACUGAGUCUUCAUUUAUUCACUCUAAUUUAAGGUUGUGUGUGCCA